AUGAGGGUGAUCUCUCCCUGUGAUACUGUGCUAGUGAACACGCUCUUACAGUUGGGUGUGCUUUUUUACAUGCUGGGUCCUCGGCAAUUUUCGAUUUGUGCGUACCCUGCUUCAUUUUUCUAUGCUCGGGCUGGUUUUCCGCGGGGGCAACAGUGUGAAGAACCAUAUGGUCGACGGGGGUGCCAGCCUCUGCGCCCCAGACUUCAUCCUUGUCCCAAUCGUAGUGACCAGGCACUGACAGAGUGGAGAUAUGGGCAGUGCAGCGCUCUUCAACAAAACGGUGGGGCCCUUCGCCAUAGUGGCAUGUGCCGAAAAAAAAAAACAGUCCCGAGACACGUCCUGCACAUGUCGCAGUGCAGCUUCACACCUUAG